AUGGCGAACUGGGAAGAAUUGCCCUACGACAUCAUUGUUUUGAUUGCAAAGCGUUUUAAACUGCUGAAAGAUUUCAUUCCUUUUUGUUCUGUUUGUACUUCUUGGCGAACUGCUGCUACAAAGGAAAUCUUUGAAGUGCGUCCGCCCCAAGUUCCGUUGCUAAUGCUAGCCGAUAAAGAUGAAGAUUAUCGAGAAUUUUACUUUGUUUUCGAAGAUAAAGUUUCACGCAUGUUUCUCCCGGAAGUUAGAAAGGCAGAGUGUUUUUCAACAAAGGGAUGGCUCUGCACCGUCGCGUAUACUAUUAACGGAGAGAUGAACUUGUUGCAUCCUUUCUCCCGUACCCAAAUUCCACUUCCUCCAGAAAAAAACUUAUGGGCUUUACAGGAUUACGGACCAGUUGAAGCGAGAGGGAUCUAUCACUGCAUGGACAAAGCUGUCUUAUCUGCCAGUCCUUCUGUUACAUCAAAUUAUGUGUUGUUGGUCUCCUAUUAUGCCGAUGUGAAUAAUUUAGCUUUUUGGCGACUUGGAGACCUCAACUGGAAUCAUAUUGAUAGAAAUUGGGGUGCGUUCAGUGAUAUCAACUAUUAUGAUGGCCAAUUUUAUGGGGUCAGUUAUAAUGGCAAAGUUUGGGUUUUUGACAUUGCAGGGCCUACUGAUCCUCAACCAAUUGUAGAGCCACGUUUGCUUGUUCAUCUAGAAGAUGAUAUGUUUAAACAUCCCGGAACUAAGUUCUACCUAGUCGAGGUAUCCGGUGCAUUAUUACUUGUUGCCCGAUUUUCCCAUGGAGAUUGGAGCGAUACUUUUAAAUUUAAAGUGGUGGAACUCGAUUUAAUCAAAGGCGACAUCAAGGAGAUCAAAACUUUGGGAGAUUUGGCUAUUUUCGUGGGAAGUAAUGCAGCAAUCUCCGUUGACGCCUCCAAGUUUGCAAGAGUCAAGCCUAAUCACAUAUAUUUUACUGAUGAUUGGUAUGUGGCAUUUAACGACUUGGAAGGUGGUGGUGGAAGAGAUAUGGGGGCUUGUAAUCUUGAAGAUGGAAAAAUUCAAUCUUUUUAUCCUGAAUUGUCAUUAAGCCCUAUUUGUCCUCGGGUUACACCGUUAUUUUUUCCAAUAAAAAGUUGA